GUGGAAGCAAACCCAGGGUAUCCACGCCUUUGGUGAUAUCGAAAAUUCGCCAAUAUAAAGACAACAAUUCAUCUCUGUUUGCAUGGGAAAUACGAGAAAAAUUACUCUUCGAAGGUAUAUGUCCUCAAGAUUCGUUACCAUCUGUGUCCUCCAUCAACAGGAUAUUAAGGAAGUCCUCAAAGACCCCAAUAAACAAAAGAUCAAGCUUGUCUGAUCACAGAGAACACCAAAAAAAUUCUACUAUUGCUGCAAAUGGCGAGGAAGAAUUCGCCAUGAUGCCAAAUAAAAAUCUUCAGAACUGUUUUAAUGAUUUCAAUUCAACAAUUACGGACGAUACCUGUUUCAGUGAAAAUACCUCCCGAGAAGAUAAUUUUUCAGGUAUCGCGUCUCAUUUGGAACAAAAUCAUAUUAAAAAAGACCAACAACGUAAAAGAACUUUUUAUAUUAAAGAUAUUUUGGAGCUGAAUACGUCGUAG